AGCGACGGGCAUCAGUGUACCCGCCAAUUCAUCCACCAACGACUCCAAAAGCUUCCCGCAAAACUGUUGACCCACUCAACCCUUCCAGCUCCUUCCUUCUCCCACACUUCACUCUGUUGGAUUAUGAUCCCAACUCAACUCCAUAGCAGCUAAGCUAAAGCUGUUCUUCCUCUUGAAAUGGCUGGAGACGUUCCUUCUUCCUCGUCCGGCGAAAUCCAACAGGUGAGGACGAGCUCGUGGAGGAUACACAGCAACAACAUCAUCCACCCAGUGGAUAUCGACACCCCGCCUCCCUCUGCCGUCGCCACGCCCUCCCCCACUCCAGUCGUCUACCGGGAGGUCAAGCACUUCAAGAAGUGGGCUCCUUGGCUGGUCCCCUGCUUUGUCGCCGCAAACACCACGGUGUUCGUGAUCACCAUGUAUGUGAACGCCUGCCCCAAGAACUCGGUCCAUUGCAUCGCGAAGUUCCUCGGGAGGCUCUCCUUUCAGCCCUUCAAGGAGAACCCUCUUCUCGGUCCUUCCUCUUCCACGCUUCUGAAGAUGGGCGCUCUAGAUGUUAGCAAGGUGGUUGACAGACGCCAGGUUUGGCUCCUGAUAACUUGCAUUUGGUUGCACGGAGGACUUCUCCAUUUACUGGCAAAUAUGCUGUCUCUCUUAAUUAUCGGUAUUGGGCUUGAGCAAGAAUUCGGGUUCGUGAGGAUUGGGAUGCUAUACAUAAUCUCAGGUCUCGGUGGAAGCCUGAUGUCGGCUCUUUUCAUCCAGUCAAACAUCUCUGUUGGUGCUUCCGGGGCACUUUUCGGUUUACUUGGUGGGAUGCUCUCUGAGCUCAUUACUAAUUGGACAAUCUACUCUAACAAAGUACUCCACCGAUUUCUAGUAGCAACAUCUGUGACCCUGCUGGUGGUCAUCGCAAUCAACUUGGCAGUGGGAAUUCUCCCACACGUUGAUAACUUUGCUCACAUCGGAGGAUUUCUUUCGGGAUUCUUUCUUGGUUUCAUCAUUUUGAUCCGUCCACAAUAUAGUUGGAUCACCCAGAAAUACACUCCUCCCGGGUUUACAUCAUCUACUGCUAGGCCUAAAUUUAAAAUGUAUCAGCGCACGCUGUGGGUGGUUUCUCUGAUUGUCUUGGUCACUGGGUAUUUCAUGCCGAUACUCUGCACCUUUGUUCUCUAUUUACAACUACCGUAUUGUUGUGUAUAUAGGACUUCUAAUCAUGGGUUUGGCUUUGAAACAUGUAUUUGUUUGAUUCACGAUAGGUUUACUCUGGGAUUGAUCAUGCUCCUCCGAGGCGUCAACGCAAACAAUUAUUGUUCCUGGUGCCACUAUUUGUCCUGUGUCCCAACUUCGAGAUGGAGCUGCAAGACAAGCCCUUCAUUCUGCAUUACAAGCCAAUCAGGAAACCAGUUCAACUUGACAUGCUCGGACAGUGGAAAAUCCCACGUAUACACAUUGCGUGGUGCUACCAAUUCUCAGAUUGAGGGGCUGUGCUCCGAGGUUUGCAGUUGAUGGUCUCCCUGCAGUCUGAUCGUCUGCAAUAAGUUUUUCAGCUGCCACUGCUCCUGUGAGAUUCACUUGGACUUAUUGGAAGAUGCUUCUUGCUCUUGUAAAGAAUAUUGUUCUAUUUCUUGGUGAAUUCACCACCAUCGACCUUUGCUCGCUCAUUGUUGAUUUGGAGUUCGAGAAAGGCCAGGAAUGAAAGGAAAGAUAUUUCUUGGA